AGCAGCUCUGCUUCCCCAGAAAUCAGCACGAUGAAGCUUCUCACAGGCCUCAUGUUCUGCUCCUUAGUCCUGGGAGUCAGCAGCCAAGGGUGGUUAAGCUUCAUCCCGGAAGCUUUUCAAGGGGCUCGGGACAUGUGGAGAGCCUACGAUGACAUGAAAGAGGCCAAUUAUAUAGGUGCAGACAAAUACUUCCAUGCUCGAGGGAACUAUGAUGCUGCACAAAGGGGACCUGGGGGCGCCUGGGCUGCUAAAGUGAUCAGCAGGAUGAAGCUUUUCAGGAGCAUCAUUUUCUGUUCUCUGGCCCAGGGUGUCAGCAGCCAAAGAUGGAUAAGUUUCUUCAGAGAGGCAGUUCAAGGAGCUGGAUAUAUGUUUAGCGCCUACAGGGACAUGCGAGAAGCCAAUUUCAUAGGUGCAGACAAAUAUUUACGAGGGAACUAUGAUGCUGCCCAAAGGGGACCUGGGGGCGCCUGAGCUGCGAAAGUGAUCAGCCUGGUGAUUAAUCUCCUGAGAGUCACAGACUUUUUAAAGUUUGGAGACAGUGGCCAUGGAGUGAGGGCUGACCAGGAUGCCAAUGAAUGGGGCUGGAGCAGCAAAGACCCCAAUCACUUUAGACCUGCUGGGCUGUCUGACAACUACUGA